AUCACCGGUCACACCCCAUCCAACGGCUCUCCUUCUCCUCUUCUCUUAAUCAACCGUCAGAUCUUAAUCGGACGGUUCAUAUCAAAUCAAGUCUCAUCUCUUUCUCUCUUUAAAUUAAAAGCCCAAACCCGGUCCACUUCUUCUUCUCCUGAUUCUCUCUUCCCCUCCCUCUCUCUUUAAGUGAGCUUCGUUUCGCCGUUAAAAAAUUCUCCGGUACCGGGAAAUAAACAACGAAGAGAGUAUAAAGCAAUUAAAAAUAUCUCUCUCCCUAUCUAACGUAGUCGUGCGUGAGCGUGAUGCUAGUUACGGUGGUUAAGCAGCGGUUAGUGUACUCUCACCGGAGAUUUUGCCGGAGAAAUCGAUUAUGACCGGAAUCUCACCUCUGUUUUGGUUUCGAUAGUUGCGAAGUUUUUGAAUUUUUAGAGAAGAAAUGGAAAAACAGGCGAAGCUUACGAGGACGCAGUCGUCGUUGCUCCGGUCAUGUUCAAAUGUUCGAUCGUCUUUUCAGAGCUUAUCUUCAAUCGUCGAAGGCGAGCAAGAUCUAGAAGCCGGAGAGAAAGAAGAGAAGCAGAGAAGAAAACCACCUAAACCAUUCGGUUCAUCAAGUCCUAAAGCCGGUUUAACCCGGAUUAAUCCCGGUUUAGCUUUCACCAUGGUGUCUCUCUCUUUCCUAAGCCUCUCGUCCUUCUUCUUCUUCGUCGUCUUCUCACAGACCGAUGAGAUUCUCACAUCGGAGAAUCUUUUGCUAGCUCUGAUCUUCGUCGCCGUAGCUCUCUUCUUCGCUUCCAAGAACAUCGCACUUCUCAACCAAACCGCAAUCGCAAUCAAACAAAUCUGCGACGAAACCACCAGAGUCUUGGGGUUCCAGGGAAGAAACCCGAAAUCUAAACCGGUACAAUGGUACAUCGGAGACGAAUCUAAACCGGACAAGAAGGUGGUAAAGCAGCGAUUGGUGAAAGAAGGUGUUCAAUUCUACAGCAAUGGAGAUUUCUACGAAGGUGAAUUUCACAAAGGGAAGUGUAACGGGAGUGGAGUAUAUUACUAUUUCGUGAGAGGUCGCUAUGAAGGUGAUUGGGUUGAUGGGAGAUAUGAUGGUCAUGGGAUUGAGAGUUGGGCUAGAGGGAGUAGAUAUAAAGGUCAAUAUAGGCAAGGUCUUAGACAUGGAUAUGGAGUUUAUAAAUUCUACACUGGUGAUUGCUAUGCUGGUGAGUGGUUCAAUGGUCAGAGCCAUGGAUUUGGUGUUCAGUCUUGUGCUGAUGGUAGCUCUUAUGUUGGGGAGUCUAGAUUUGGUGUUAAACAUGGUCUUGGAUCUUACCAUUUCAGAAAUGGAGAUACGUAUGCAGGGGAGUAUUUUGGAGAUAAGAUUCAUGGGUUUGGUGUGUAUCGUUUUGCAAAUGGUCAUUGUUAUGAAGGAGCAUGGCAUGAAGGUCGUAAACAAGGUUUUGGUGCUUACUCGUUUAGAACAGGUGAUGCUAAAUCUGGUGAAUGGGACUCAGGGAAUCUUGUAACUUCUCUUCCUCUUACGAGCGAGCCAGUUUCAAGAGCGGUUCAGGCGGCUCGAGAAACAGCGAACAAGGCAGUGAAUCGGAGACGAGUAGAUGAGCAGGUGAGCCGAGCCGUGGCUGGAGCUAACAAAGCUGCUACAGCUGCAAGAGUUGCUGCGGUGAGAGCUGUUCAGAAUCAAAUGGAUGGUAAAUUUUGUCAAAGUUAAAAAAAAAGAAAAUCAAAAUGUAAAAAAAGAAGUCAUUUUCCUUUAUUACCAAAGUCUAAAGUCUUCUCUGUAACCCUGAUUGAGCUAGAAACAAAAAAUGGUUUAUAGCUUCUGUCAGAGGUUUUGUAACGGAGUUGAGAGCAGUAAUUUUCGAUUUUUACUAAUGUAACAAAUCUGUAAAUAGUUUAAGAAGAAGAAGAAGAAACAAGCAAGCUGGUGUUUUUUUAUAUUUUUGAUUGUAAAUCAACGGCUUGAUGAAAUGGAUCUUUCUUUUUUCUA